GGCUGAUUGAGGACAGCCAUUUUGGCGUGAGGACCCCUGGGUCCUCGGUUCCCGAGCGGGAUCGGACGGAACGAGAAAGUGGCCAAGAUGAAUCUGGAACUACUUGAAUCCUUUGGACAGAAUUAUCCAGAGGAAGCUGAUGGCACGCUGGACUGUAUUAGUAUGGCCCUUACAUGUACUUUUAAUAGGUGGGGCACUCUCCUAGCAGUGGGAUGUAAUGAUGGCCGAAUUGUCAUCUGGGACUUUUUGACAAGGGGCAUUGCAAAAAUUAUAAGUGCCCAUAUCCAUCCAGUCUGUUCUUUAUGUUGGAGUAGAGAUGGUCACAAAUUGGUGAGUGCAUCAACAGAUAAUAUGGUAUCUCAGUGGGAUGUUCUGACUGGUGAUUGUGACCAAAGGUUUCGUUUCCCUUCACCUAUCCUGAAAGUCCAGUAUCAUCCCCGAGAUCAGAACAGGGUGUUGGUAUGUCCAAUGAAGUCUGCACCAGUCAUGUUGACAUUGUCUGAUUCAAAACAUGUUGUCCUGCCAGUAGAUGAUGAUUCUGAUCUGAAUGUAGUGGCUUCUUUUGAUCGGCGGGGGGAAUAUAUCUAUACAGGGAAUGCUAAAGGGAAGAUCUUGGUUUUAAAAACAGAUACACAAGAUCUUGUUGCUUCCUUUAGAGUAACUACAGGAACCAGUAACACUACAGCUAUUAAAUCCAUAGAAUUUGCUCGAAAAGGAAGUUGUUUUCUAAUAAAUACUGCUGAUCGCAUAAUCAGAGUCUAUGAUGGUCGGGAAAUCUUAACCUGUGGUAGGGAUGGAGAACCAGAACCAAUGCAAAAACUACAGGACUUGGUGAACAGAACACCUUGGAAGAAAUGUUGUUUCUCUGGUGAUGGAGAGUACAUUGUUGCAGGGUCAGCACGUCAGCAUGCUUUGUACAUCUGGGAAAAAAGCAUUGGAAAUUUAGUGAAAAUCCUCCAUGGCACUAGAGGAGAGCUGUUGCUAGAUGUAGCAUGGCAUCCUGUUCGACCAAUCAUUGCUUCCAUUUCCAGUGGUGUGGUAUCCAUAUGGGCUCAAAAUCAAGUGGAAAACUGGAGUGCCUUUGCACCUGAUUUUAAAGAACUGGAUGAAAAUGUAGAAUAUGAAGAGCGGGAGUCUGAAUUUGACAUAGAAGAUGAAGAUAAGAGUGAGCCAGAGCAGACAGGUGCUGAUGCUGCAGAGGAUGAGGAAGUGGAUGUAACCAGUGUAGAUCCCAUUGCUGCUUUUUGUAGCAGUGAUGAAGAAUUGGAAGACUCCAAAGCUUUACUGUACUUGCCUAUUGCUCCUGAAGUGGAAGACCCAGAGGAAAACCCAUAUGGUCCUCCACCAGAUGCAGUCCAGACUGCCUUACCUGAUGAGGGAUUAGGCUCUGAGAAGAAGAGGCAAUCCUUGUCUGAUGGACCUCAGCCCCCAAAGAAGAAACCCAAAACAACCAACAUAGAACUUCAGGGAGUUCCCAAUGAUGAAGUCCAUCCGCUGCUGGGUGUGAAGGGAGAUGGUAAAUCCAAGAAGAAGCAAGCAGGCAGGCCUAAAGGAUCAAAAGGUAAAGAGAAAGAUUCUCCAUUUAAACCGAAACUCUACAAAGGGGACAGAGGUUCUUUACCUCUGGAAGGAGCAGCAAAGGGUAAAGUGCAAGUGGAGCUGGGACAGCCUUUGCCAGCAAGUGGUGGGAUCUCAGAGCUGUUAUGAAGACAUCCUGCCUCUUCUGCUUCCCUACUUUCCUUUAUUUCUUUUAUUGGCAUCAUAAUACUGAAUAAGGACGAUUGGUUAGUCAGAUAAUGGACUGACUUUAAGUUGGUAUGGUAAAGACAAAUGACCUCGUUGCCUAUGGAUACAGGGAACAAUUUUUAAAAGAUGCACAUUAUGGAAGAGGAAAAUUCUUUCUCCUUGAUUCUAUCUUACUGCUAACAGAUAGUAAGACAUUGACUCUCAGGAAAGAAGAUUUGUACCUGAACGUGAUGGAAAGGAACUACUUUCUGCUUGUUUGUAUACUUAGAAUCUCUAAAGUACAAAGAGGUCUGUAACUGGAAAAGAAGAUCCCAUUGCAUCCAAAUUGAGGUCUUGUAUUAGUUUCUAUUACAUAGUUUAAUUCAUGAGAAGAUGAAAGCUAAAUUGCUAUUAUGUUGCUGUGGAUCCCAGCACAUUGUCUUGUUACAAAUUGAAACAAAAGACUUAUGCAUAAUUUCUCAGUGUUACCCACACUGGCUUGUGGUGAGUUGGUAAACAUGUUGUUUAUACUUAAGUUACCCUUGUGCAGCUAUAAUAGCUUGCCUUCCAGGCUCACUCACUUCCUUGCAAGUUUGGAAUAAUCCAGAUGACUCCAGAAGAUGGCAGGGAAAUAGAGGCUGUUUGUACAGAAUGGGGGAGGGAGGGAGAAGAACAGGUAUAUAUCUAGAUAAAAGAAAGGGUGGGCAUAAUGCAGAGCAGAAGCAUGUGUGAUUUGCACUUCUCACCAUGUGUCUAUGUAUCGUCCAUACUCCAAAGACCCUUGUCCUCCUUUGCCUGCCUAUUCAGGAUAUGUAGGGAGAAUUCAGCAUCUCCAUCAAUGUGAUAAAUACAUCUGCAGGGAAGAUAUGGAAGGAUUACAAGGCUGAGUGUGAAUCAUUUGUGCCUUCUGCUCUGUGUCCUAUCCAAAGGCAUUGAGAAAUUUCAGUUUUGUUGCUGGGCUUGUAUUAGAAAAGGUCAUACUCUGCAUUCUCAUUUUCUGCCAGUAUAAUUCUUUAAUCCAAGAUAUAUUCAUUUCCAAACACAGAAUAUAGAUGCAUGAAUGUUUUCUCCAGAAUGUCACAGGAUCAGUGCACUGGGGAAUAAGCUGAUUAAUUGGAAGUUGCAAAUAAGGUUUUUAGUUUAGUAAAUUUCAUUUCAGCAUGCGGCGUCCUUCCUCGGUCAAAAUGUUGACUCAAAGUCCCGUAUAUUGUAUUAUAUAAUUUAUACCAUCCCUGACCCUCCAGAGCUUCUCUACAACAUUCCUUUAUAUAAACCUGCCACCUAUAGCCUGCUGGUCAAUCCACAUUGAGGAUUGGUUACUGAUUACCAUACUCCUUAUGUGAUGUUAUGGAUUCAAGCCUACUUUUGCCGCAAUUUUCUUCAGUAUCAUUUCUUUUGUGAGUAUGUGAGUGUGUUUUAUAUUAUUUUGAUACUCCUAUAGCCUGUACAAAACCUGACAGAUAAUGAUUGCUUACUAGUCAUUUGUAAAGUACUGCUGUAAUGUUAGCUUUUGUGUUUGUAAAUAAAGAAGUAUGUUUUAUUUCUUAAA